UGUAUUGUAUUUUUUGAUUGGCUACAUUUUCAGCUAAAGCCAAUCAAAACGCUUCUGUCAUCAUGCCUGCAGCCGCUUGUCAAAAUUUCAACAAUAACAAUAUCAAGCUGUUAUAAACAUUUUGGGGAGAGAUGAGUGGUGCAGACCUUCUGUCGACCCUGAAGUCCCUGGGCUUCCCUGGGUCAGAAACCCUUGACUCGCAGGCCCUGGACUGGAUGUUUGAGGAGCAGGAAGUGGCUCCCAUGCUACACUGGUUCUGUCAGAGCCUCAGUGCCGCCAACGUGCUCACCGCCAAACAGCUGGACGACUACAAGUCUCUCACCCAGUCAGGUGGGGUGGUGUUGAAAGGGAGACAACUGGAAGAAGCUCUUUCAAGCCUUGAUUAUAGCUGUGAUAAGGAGAUUUCAGAGGAACAACUCAAACAAGAAGUUGAACAGUUAGAGAACAGCCUAAGCCAUUAUCAGAAGCAGAAAACAAGACUGGCCAAACGCAGAAACCAACUGAGCAAUCACCAGAUGAAUAUGUCACAUCGUCUGUCGAAGCUUAGUCAAGUGAAGGGUAAAGUGGAACAGGAGUAUAAAACAGCGCUGAGUCAGGCACACACGCAUAACACACAGUUAAAUGACAGCAUAGACAAGAUAUGCAAGUCGGUGGGCAGCCUAAGUGCGCUUUACAAGGAGCCUGCGCCCAACAAGUCUGGCGACGCAUCCACAUCGUUCAACAUCACCCUUAGUGGUCUCCCUUUGAAAUCCUUUGUGAGUGGCAAACCCAAUUCUCUCCCCUGCCAGACUGCGUCCCCUGCCAUGUUCUUCUCGCAGAUACCAGUCCUGCAGUACUACAGCGCAGAGGAGUCUUACACCAGCCAGCUGACAGCCUUUACAAAGAAACAGUUUUUUCAGGGUAUAGCUGAGAUGGCCAGUUGCGGCGAGGACUCCAGGUUUGAGAUCCUCGAGGUCAGUGACCCAGACAGCCUGCUUGUGCGGGGGGAGAGCAACGAGGUCAACAUACAGGACUGCAAGGAGCUCGCCAGGCUACAGAAACUGUUUGUAAAAAGUGAGUCAGACAGAAUCAAGGCCACGUGUGAAAUGCAGAGGUUAAAGGGUCAACUGGAGUCGGCUAAAGGGGUACUGAGUGCACUUGACAGUGGAACAUUCUGUACAGAGGGACUGAAAAACAAAGAGCAGCUGGACAAGCUCCGGGCUUCUCAGAAAUCAGUACAACAAGAGUUCUCUGCCCUUGGCGAGGGCGACUUCCCGACUCUGAUACAGGAGUGUCGAGAGGCGAAGGUGAUACGAGUGCUCACAGGAGACUACAACCUGAAGUUGGCGCGACAGGAUUACUUCACUGCCAACCAGGACAAGGUUAUAACCCAGCUGAUUGUGCAAAGGUCUCGAAAUGAGUUUGUUACCAUGGCACUGGAGUUGGAGUUGAGACAACAUCGUGAAAUCCAUCAUCUGUUGACGAGCCUGUUCUCUCAGCUGCAAAACCACCUCACACAGUUUGAGGCCAGACUGCACGUGAUGGCAGAUACCUCCCUUACUCCAGCCCGGCAUAAACGGGAGACUAUCGACUCGAGGGACAAGAGUACCGCCAGACUCUACCAUAUGUUGGAUGACAGUGUGGAAGCUGCAGGGGGCAGACAACUCUUCCUGACGUACAAUUCACUGGUGGAGAAUGCAGGCCAGUUGCAACAGAGACAUUCCCAGCUCCAUCGCAGCCUUGAGUUCACAAGCAGUGCCAGUAUGGAUCACAUUCACAUGCUUGAGGCAUCUGUGAGAGAAUGUGAAAGCCUGCUCUAUGCCGAGUCUAGCACGUCAAGUGGCCCCCCUCCCCUCACCCCUCGACCCAUACAGCAGGCCAUGAUUAGCCUGCGUGAGAUGCUCGCCCGCCUUGAACAGAACAUUCUUGACCUUGUGAAGGACAUUGAUCACAAGAAAAAGGUCUUGAAGGCUGACCCACUUCUCACCAGAGAGAGGAAACUGUUCACAUAUUUCUUCAACAAUCCGGCCAAACUCCACCAAACAUUUGAGGAAAUUUCAUCUCGACUGCAGGCAACUGCUCGAAUGGAGAAAUCUUAGAGACACAGUUGACAAGCUUUGCUUGCUAUCAGUGACAGUUCAUGAAUUGAUUCGACUUGCUUUAUUAUUAUUCAGUUACAAGGUCAUGCAUUUACAUAAAAUGUUUAAAAAGCUA